ACAAAUUAACUAAAAUCCUGUAUGCAGCCAUGCAUAGUACUCUAAACUUUUGUGCAAGAGUGCUCUUAACGCUUGCUCGAAGACAUACAGCACUCUCUGUGUUCCCACGGAACUCAGCCCAAAUUCAGUAUCUCAGACAAAUGGCACCAGCAAACAUCUCAGCAUCGUGCGUCCCAAGUCCCUCUGCGUGCGAUUUCCGCAGCGACACGGUAACAACACCUACACCUUCUAUGUUACGAGCAAUGGUAUCAUCUAGUGUGGGAGACGAUGUGUAUCAAGAGGACACGACUACAUCAUCCUUCGAGCAACAAAUUGCGAUGCUACUAGGGCAUGAAGCUGGAUUGUUCGUGUCUUCUGGGACGAUGGGAAACCAGCUCGCCCUUCGUUCGCUUCUAAUGAGGCCCCCACACUCCGUACUCUGCGACUACAGAGCCCACAUUGCAGUUGCAGAAGCGGGGGGAGCAUCGAGCCUUAGUCAAGCAAUGCUCCAGCUUGUAGUGCCCAAGAAUGGGAUCUAUGCUACCCUAGAGGACAUUAAGGACUCCAUUACACUUUCAGACGACAUACACACUUCCCCUACUAAAGUCAUCAGCUUAGAGAACCCUCUUGGAGGCUCCAUACUGCCAUUAAUGGAAAUUCAAAAAAUAUCCUCGUUCGCUCGGCAACAUGGGGUAAAAUUGCACCUGGAUGGGGCGAGACUAUGGAAUGCUGUCGCUGCCGGAGCGGGAACACUCGAGGAAUACGGGAGAUGUUUUGAUACAGUUUCUGUUUGCUUCUCGAAAGGUCUAGGCGCGCCAAUCGGUUCCAUACUCGUCGGAAAUGAAGAACUGAUUCGCUAUGCACGGUGGGUUCGCAAGUCCAUCGGAGGGGGCAUGCGGCAGGUUGGGUUGAUUGUUGCGGCUGCCCGUGCCGCAUACGAAGACGUGUUUCCUACUGGUCUACUGGAAAGUCACGACAGGCAUUUGCACGGGGGCUUGGAAUACGGACAGUACUUCCUGUCGACACCUCCAUGCUCCUCCUUGACUUGGGGGCGGCCGGCAUUUUGGACUCCUGGCUGGUAGAAGAGGCAGGCAGGCAGGGCAUCAAGUUAGAGUGCGGAGGACGCAUAGUCAUCCAUCACCAGAUCACAGAUGAAGCUGUGACGGCACUCUUGAACACCCUCGAAAUCGUUGCCAGAAGACGAAAUACGUGAUCUAAGUAAGCUGCGAAACAUGUAACACUAUGCUUGAAGAAGUCAACCUCCGUAGCACGCGAGGUAGAAUCAAUCGCCAUCAUUCACAGCGAAUAAAGUGACUGAAGGCGGACCUAUAAAAAAACAACCAGCAAGAUUCUAUCGGUCUGUCUUGCUGCUUGUGUUAUCAAAAUCAUAUGUAACAUGCAUUGGCCUAGUGCUGGGUCUUCGAUGUUUCAUUUUGAACGACGACGUCGACAUCCAACACUAUUGAGAGUCAUGCAACGAUCUCCA